GUUGAUGCAGCGCGCCCGCAACGCACGCCGCGCUGGCCAGGUACGGGACUUCACGAGAGAGUCCUAUCAUCGGAGGCCAUUGAGUAGCCCAAAGAAGGGCUGCCCAGAACCAGGCCAAGGGGUUGCAACCCAAGAAUUGGGCAGCACAGCCAGUACUACAUGAAGCUCCUCCUCGCACUAGCCACGGCGGCGACGGCCGUCCGCGGCGACCGGGUCGACGUGUUCUUGGCCUCGGACCGCAUGGCAGCGUCGGCGGCAGUCUUGAACUCGGUCUGUGAUAACAGCCAGCCGACCGCGUUGCGCCUUCACCUCCUCGCACCCACAAAAGAGGCCGCUCAGACGCUCGCGACGGCAACAGAAACGGCGUGCGACGGCGCGGUCGUGCUGCCGUACGGCCUCGCGGAGUUUGAAACGCUAGUCCGGACGCGCGUCGGCGAGGAGCCCAUGUGGACGACGGCGCUCUCUAAGGUCGAGCGGUCGAAAUCUACGUACGCCGUACCCGUCGCGCCCUGGGACCGCGACGAGAAGCAUACGUCGCCGUACAACCACGCCCGCUUCUACGCGCCUCAACUCAUCGAGGGAGAGACGCUCGUGAUGCUCGACGACGAUGUCAUCGUCCAAGGAGACGUCACGACCUUGACCACACGAAAUAAGGCCGUGGCGGCCGGUUGCCAACAGUGGUACGUCGGGCACGAGGGUGAGUUCAAGUCCUCGACGGAUUUGACGUAUGCGGACGUGCCCUACUUCGGCUUUGGCGUUUUGUCGGCGGGCGACGACCCUAGCUGCUCGCACGAGGGCGCCACGGAGUGCGUUCCCGGCGACGCGCGGCAGUGGUUCGCCGAGGUGGCGCGCACCGACCAAGCCGUCGCGAGGCGCGCAUCGUGGCCGCGGUUCCUCCGGCGCCUCGCCGCGAUCGGCGACGACGCGUUCCCGGCGGACCCUUCACCUGACGAGGGGAACGCGUUCGUCGACGAGUUAUACAACACCCGCGCUUGGAACUUUGGGCUCGUGGUGAUCGAUCUCGACACGUGGAAGCAGCACCAGCUCACGGCGAAAUAUCAUGGCUGGCUCGAGGCCAACUACCGGCGCGAGUUCUGGCCUAGCGACUCCCUCGCGUUCGGGCUGGGCCUGCCAUUUUUAGCUUUGAGGGGCGAGGUCGAAUGCUUCGAAGACAAUGAUGACGUGCGCUUCGAGCAAGGUCUCGGCGUCACGCCGUGGGUCUACGCGGACCGCGACACGAAAACUCUGGACGACGCCUUUGCUUUACAUUGGAAUGGCAAUAGAAAACCAUGGGACAUGGAUAGGUGCGACGACGCCACACGGCCCUACUUCUUACGCUACCUCGCGCGGUCCCCGGGACUCUACGGCGGCCACGUCGCGGAGAGUGGGGGCGACUACUGGGCGGCCUGCGCGCCGCCGCCGCCGCGCUACCACGGUUUCCGGUUUCAGCGAAAGCUCUACGGCGUGAAUUCCGUCGAUGGCACGGCCUGGGCGACGUACGCGGACGCAUACGUCUGGGCGGAAGACUUCUACCGCUACGACCUCGACCGCUCCGCGAGCAACAUCUCGGACUGCGUCGCCCACUGCCGCGACCUCUUCCCGGACGUGGCGGGCGGCGGCACGCUGGCGUGCCCGCGGACCAAGCUCGAGCUGGAGUUGCUGAGAGACCGCUUCUGGCAGCCGGACUGGUGGGGCUGGACGGGCCACUUUUCCGGCGGCGGCGCGGGCGCCGCGUCGUUCAACAGCUGCCCCGGCGACAACGGCACCGUCGUCGCCGCCGACACCGGCAUGUGGGGGACUGCGGACGACGGCGGCGGCUGCGCCAUCUCCGAGCGGUGCACCGUGCUGGUGGACAACGAGUGGAAUACGAAGAAGAAGUGCUGGGACAACGGCGAGUGCAAGAAGUGGAAGACAGGCUGGAUCAACCGCAAAGAGGCCCUCGACGACAAGAGUUGCGGCACCGGUCGCUACCCCCUGCCGCCGCCGGCGACGAUGAAGUCGGAGAAGGACCACCCGGACGGCGGGAAGCUGGACGUCCGCGUGAAGUACGGCCACCGCCGCAACGUGUGCCUCUGCGAGAAGACGCCGCCCGCCACCUACGACCCGGCGGCCCUCGAGCUUUCCUCGCCGGGCCUCGCGGCGGGGUCCGUCGCGCUCGCCUGCGACGACAUGGUUGCCAAGCACUUCAAGUACGAAAAGAUGCCGAACACCUGGGCCAAGGACAACUGGUGGGUGAUUCUCAUUUGGGUCAUCUUCGGGGGCAUUAUAUGCGGCUCCUUGAUUGCGAGGAAGGCACGCAAAGGCGCCUCCGCGCCGGUGGCGCCCGCGGUCGCGGGCGGCGCGGGCGGCCAGCCCGUCUACGCGGCGACGGUCGUGCGUCGCAUGUAACUAUAACAUAUCUUA